CCAUUUUGCUUGUAGUCUUCAGCGGCUCCAAGUUCGCACGUCUGAGGACGGCACCCUGCCACAUGGUUGGGCUGCUUCCGUGGCCCCCACCGCUGCAAUCCGCCCGGCUCCUGGUGGGACCUGGGGCGGUGCUGGCGAGGACGCACUUUGCUCUCUUCUGCCCUGCCUAGCACACAGAUCUUUCUGAUCGCCUCCUGCCUGAACACAAACAGGGGAUCCAUCUCUGCCUUGUUUCCCCAGUUACAGCAUGAGUUCAUGGGCUCAGCCUGGAAUACCUACCUCCCAGAGGGCAGCGAGGAGUGAGGCCUUCCUUCAAGCAUUAGCCAGGAGGUAGGAGAGGGCUGUGCUGGAACUUCUCUGCUGGACUCCUGGACUUCCACAAAGAGCUUUCUCUAUGUUCCCUGGAUCAUGCAGUUCAAAGCUGAGCCGACGAGAGUUAAGUCUGGAGGAGGGGGAAAGCCAAGUUGGGGAAGAGAUCUGGAAGAGUCCGGCUCCCAAAUUCUGACGACUCCGCAGGCAGGUGUAGAGAACAACGGUUCCCUGGUUUGGUGCCAGAAUCACAAGCAGUGUUCUAAGUGCCUGGAGCCCUGCAAGGUGUCCUGGGAUCUGCGGAAGCAGCAGUGCCAGAGCUUCUGUGAGCCUCUGUUCCCCAAGAAGAACUAUGAAUGCCUGACCAGCUGUGAGUUCCUCAAGUACAUCCUGUCGGUAAAGCAGGGGGAUUGCCCAGCUCCCGAGAAGGCCAGUGGCUUUGCCGCCGCCUGUGUCGAAAGCUGUGAAGUGGACAGUGAAUGCUCUGGGGUUAAGAAGUGUUGUUCCAAUGGAUGUGGACACACCUGCCAGGUGCCCAAGACUCUGUACAAAGGUGUCCCCCUGAAGCCCAGGAAGGAGUUACGAUUCACAGAACUGCAGUCCGGGCAGCUGGAGAUUAAGUGGUCCUCAAAAUUCAAUAUUUCAAUUGAGCCUGUGAUCUACGUGGUACAGAGAAGAUGGAAUUAUGGAAUCCAUCCUAGUGAAGACGACGCCACGCAUUGGCAGACGGUAGCCCAGACCACGGAUGAGCGGGUCCAACUGACCGACAUACGGCCCAGCAGGUGGUACCAGUUCCGCGUGGCAGCCGUGAACGUGCACGGGACCCGAGGCUUCACCGCCCCCAGCAAACACUUCCGCUCCUCCAAAGAUCCAUCUGCACCACCGGCCCCAGCCAACCUCCGGCUUGCAAACUCCACCAUCAACAGUGACGGAAGCGUGACUGUGACGAUCGUUUGGGAUCUCCCCGAGGAACCAGACAUCCCAGUGCAUCACUACAAAGUCUUCUGGAGCUGGACGGUCAGCGGCAAGUCACUUGUGCCAACGAAGAAGAAGAGGAGAAAGACCACGGGUGGGUCUCAGAAUUCUGUGACCCUGGAGCCACUGCAGCCCGACUGCGACUACACAGUAGAGCUGCAGGCUGUCACCUACUGGGGCCAGACGCGCCUCAAGAGCGCCAAGGUCUCCCUCCAGUUCACGUCCACACACGCCGUCCACAGCAAAGAACAACUUGGGAAAACUAGAAAAAGUGUGAUGCAAAUACAGCCUCCGUUUCAAAGACGACGGCCCACUCGCCUCCUGGAAAUCGGAGCUCCGUUCUAUCAAGACAGCCAGCUGCAAGUGAAGGUGUACUGGAAGAAGACCGAAGAUCCCGGUGUCAGUCGGUAUCAUGUGCAGUGGUUUCCGGAAGUCUGUGCCCACAACGAAUCCGCCGGGGCGGAGGCAUCCUCGGGCGUGACCCAGGAAAAUUACAUGAUUCUUCAAGAUCUGGAAUUUUCCUGCAAAUACAAGGUGACCGUCCAACCCACACGGCCAAAGGGCCGCUUGAAAGCAGAAACCGUUUUCUUUACGACCCCACCGUGCUCCGCUCUGAAGGGCAAAAGCCACAAGCACGUCAGCUGCCCCGGCGACGCAGGUCCCGUUCAUUCCAAAGUGCAAGCCAAACCCGAGAACCUGUCGGCCUCCUUUGUGGUCCAGGACACGAACGUCACGGGGCGCUUCUCCUGGCAGCUGAGCAAGGCCACCGUCCAGCGGCCUGUGACUGGCUUCCACGUGACGUGGGCCGAGGUCACGACCGAGAGCAGGCAGAACGGCCUUCCCAACAGCCUCAUCCUGCAGUCCCAGAUCCUCCCGGCGGAUCGCUCCGUGCUCACGGUGCCAGGUCUGCGGCCGGCCACCCUCUACCGUCUGGAGGUGCAGGUGCUGACCGCGGGCGGGGAGGGACCCGCCACCAUCAGGACCUUCCGGACCCCCGACCUCCCACCCUCAGCUGCGCACAGACCCCACCUGAAACACCGUCAUUCACACCAUUACAGGCCUCCUCCAGAAAGAUACUGACCUGUUCCCGGAGAUGUCUGAACCCCGAGCGAGCGUGUAAGCUCGCAGACCUUCGAGGACCGGCCGCGCCCGCUUACGGGGGCACCAGGCCUUUCCCAUAGGACCUCCCGCCCCAUCUAACUUUACUGCACUAAACGCUUCUGUCUGUCUCGGACGCGCCUGGACACCAGGGACAAGUGGUGAGAUGGUGGACGUGGACACAGUUUCCUGUGAGAAUGGAGAGAACACGAAGGCCAGGCCUGUUUCACUGCAAAAUCUGUUUCCAUACAUGGUUUAGCUAUGAUCUCAAGUGAAUUACUGCAGACCUGAGACUUCCCUGAAUUUAGAGCGGCAAAUUCUCAAGAGACACCGGCGUAACAAAUACACAGUUUAUACAUGUAAUAAGCAUGCUAAGCGUACACAUAGUAAGUGUCACGUUACUCAAUAAACAUUUUAAAAUUAAAUUAUUGGUUUGGUUUGCAAAAUCGACUGAAGACUAUACGGUUUUUUGGCCCUAUUUAUUCAAAUACUUCUUAAGAUGAUUUUUUAUCACGUGAUUUUUUAGCUGAAAACUUGUGACCUGAAAUAUGCCAAUUAAUUUAGACUUAAAAUGUUCCCACUUCCAGCACCUAAGCUUCAUUUCCUACAAAGGCAAAGAAGAGUGCAGCCUGUCGAUGAGGGUUUAGGGAAGACAUCCACAGCAGAAAGGAGUCAGUGCCUUACGCUGCUAUCCAGAGUCUGCCCUGGAGAAACUAAAAGUCUUUUCUGGGGAUGCUUUUUAACAUUUCAUCCUGUACUGUGAGAGAUUUCCCUGCUACGCUAUUUAUGCUUUUCCUUAAUGUGGGAAACGGCUGCUGACGUGCUUUGUUUUGCAGCUUUCAUGUAUCUAAGACUUUGCAAAACCUCUUGCUUGAAAUGAAGGAAUCCCAACGAUUGAAUAUUUUCAAAUCUUCACUGAGAUUUGCCUUUUCUUAACGAAAGCAAGCUCUUGACAUGGUAGAAUACUAUCCGUAAUGUAGAAAAGGCGGAAGGGCUUUGGUUGGUGGAGAAGGACAGCUACUUGCCUUUGACUAACCUUCCUUUACUCCUACAGAUGUAGUAUUAUACCUUAUUUGAAAAAUUUCCCAGGUUCCACGCUAAGCCCUCAGAGCAUGAACGCAAGUCAAACACGUUGUCAGUAUACAGUAUUGCAGGGUGUGUCGCGGCAGCCUUAAACCAGAAAUGUUUAGUUUAAUAUAGUUUUUUCCUCGAGGGAAUACCCAUAUGUAUGUUUUGAAACAGGCACGUAUGUAUGUGCGUCUGCGUGCUUCCGUGUGUAUACGUAUACACAUAGGCGCAAACACACAUACAUACACACACUCAUAGACUCACACGUACACACACGUACACCUUGAGGACGCAUCUCGGAAGAACUUGUUUUCCCAGCUCAGCAAUGGUGGAUAAAGACACAGUUCUCCUGCAGAUCAUUAGGGUCAUCUAUUUUCCCCGUCAGUAUUGACACUAUGAGAAAAGAGCAACUUAAAAAAUUGAACAUUUUAAAGGCUAGGCCUCCUCGUUUCAUGACCUACACAAGUAAAACAAGGAAAUUUUCAGUACACUUCCCUUGGGUUUUCACGGUGGGACUUGGAACUGGUCGUUUUGUUACGUUUCCUGAGAGCCUGCGGGCGCCCUGACCGCUCCUGGUGGGGUGAAGAGGAGAGAGAACGUGUUGGCUUUUGUGAGGCUUCCCACUCUAAGAGCGGAAGCCAUGCAGAACGCAGACAGACUCUGUUACCAAAUCGAUGCCUAGCCUUAGGGAACACAGUCUGUAGGCAUGGAUCCCUGAAAGAGGAUACUGAAAACUGCUUCCCGUGCAUUAAAAUUGUUUAAAAGUCGAUAAGGCAGACAGUGUUCUGCAACUUUGGACACGCGGCUCCGUGGGAAAUCUCAGAACGGAAGUUCACGGCGCUUCCGGCUGUUUUUCUGCAGCUCCUAACGUGGCCUGGGAUGGACUUUAGCACAGGCUGUCCUGAAGUCACCUGGUUCCAAGAGUUCCAAAUUUUGAAUGGAGAGAACAGGAACAGCCUUCAUUUCAAAUGCCCUUGAGCUUGAGCAAACACAGAGACCUUCUCCGAAACUAUGAGCUAUCCUAGUGCCAUUCCCAGCCUCUGAAUUUCAAAUUCUUAAAACUUCAAAAAUGAAAACUUCACGUUAUUGGCUACAAGGUUAUCUUUUACCUUAAUUUGUCAUGAAGAAAUCCACCAAGUAUUCGUGCCAGCAAGUUUCUGUACUGUUGUAUAGUUUAAAAUGCAGGCGUAUAUACAUAGAUACACGAUAUUAUUAAAUUAUUAAAUAAGUUUAAUUUUAUAAAAUUUAAUUAUGUUUCUUCUGUCUGGGUAAGAGACAUUGAGCAAAUAUAUUUUCAGUUCAGAUAACGGUUCUGUAGCUUACACCUUCCUUAAAAAAAUCUGAAGCAGCUCUUACGAGCAUUUCAUCCUGCUAUAAUAUUCAAUAAUUUAAAUUUUGUUAGUGUUAUUGGAAGAAAAUGCUAUUAAUUAGGCAAUGAGAGAAACCUGAGUUUCUUUUACGAAUUUCAGUAAUCUUCAAUAAUAGUCAAAUGAACAAAAAUAUAAUUACUACUUUUUGAAUUUUUAACAUUUGAGUGCCCUAAUAAAGGGCUAAAAAGAUCUGUUUCUUAUUUUAAAACACAGUUUUAGUGGCUGACUCUCUGAUACGUUUUAUGGAAAUUGGAUGCAUUUCUCUCACGUGAGAAAAAGUAUAUUAACUGAUAGUAUUUACUCGUUAAAAAACUGAGCUCGUCAAACAUGAUGUCAUCAAAGACAGGUGGCUAAUUCCAUGUAUAUCGAGGCUACACGCGCUCUUUUUACUUAGAACAUUCACUCCUCAGUCAUGGAUUUAUCUGUGCUACCCCUUAUUCUAAGUGGCCUCUAUGGAGCAAUUUUUAUAAACAAAUGUGUGCCCUUCACGUCAUCUAGUGUUUUAAUAUGAUAUAUUUAUGACAGGUAAUUUUCUGAAAUGUUUACUAAACAAAAUUCAAAGUUGAAAAACAGAUCUAUGUCCUAGAAAGCUGAAAGAACCUAUACCCAAUCUAUAGAGCAGGGUUUCUCCACCGCAGCGCUGUUGAGAUUUGGGGCUGCACGUUUCCCUGUUCGAGGGGCCCACCCCCUGGGCGCUCAACGCAGGUCUCCACCCAGCAGUUGUCACGAGCACCUCCCCCAGGGGGUGACAGCCACAAGCUCUCUAGUCAUGGCCCGCGCCCUCUGGGGGGUAAGGUCACCCCCAGCUGAGAAUCACUGCUUCGUAAUGUUUACUGAACAGAUGAGAAUUUGCCCUGUAUGAGGAACCCAGUAAUUCGCAGGGGUAGGAACGGCUGGGAAGUGAUUACACUGGACUACAAAGCCCUUGAUUGUAUCUUUUAUCAACACUGAAAAAUCCGAUUAAAAGGCUGAAUUCGGACUUGUGUCUGUAUCACGUGAGUAACGGCUUAUCUACUUAAUGCCCUUUCUUACACCGUGUGCUGUGGAGUUCCUCAAGCUUACUCAUUCCUACGAUUGCAAAUAUCUCAAUCUUGUUACGCAAACUUUGACGUCGUGACCAGAACACAAAGGCUAAACAUCUGUUGCAUGUACUUUAAGAUUCAUUUAAAAUAUAAAUGCAUAAAGAUGGCGACUCUUAUCUUCGGUUUUGCAUGGCCAGACUGAGCUGCUUACCUCUACUGAACAUUUUAGCAAGUUAUACCAUUCACAGGGUGAUCAACAGAGGUCUGUAUGUAAAGCUGUUACGACUUUUUCUCGACUUAAUUAUAGUGUGCAGAUAACACAACGGCUACCUUCUCAUCCAGAUGGCCUGUAGAAAUCAUGUCCCUUAGAGAGGUCAUUUAAAGUCAAUAUUUAUUUAUGUAUGUAAUAAAAAAUGUUUGAUUUCUGUGUGUGUCUAUUAUGUUAUUUAGGGAGAAGUAAUCUUGUAAAAAAAAAACUUGUAAAAAACAAAAAAGCACUGUAAAUAGGCUGAUACCCCGUGACUCAUGAUUUUCAUGUUAGAGUUUGUACAUACUGAUUCCAUAAUAAAGGAUUUUUAAACCCGCGCA